CGCAAACCCUUCUUCUUCUUCUUCUUCUUCCCCUUUCGAUUUCUGCAAAUCCCACAGGCCUUCAAUGGCGAGAUCCGCCUUUCUUCUCGUACUCCUCUCGAUUCUCUCCGUCGCCGCCACAUCCGGCGCCGCCGGCAAUGCCGGAGCCUCCAAUUUCAUCAAAUCCAAGUGCAGCGCCGCUACUUACCCCGAUCUCUGCGUCCAAUCCCUCUCCAAUUUCGCCUCCACCAUCCAGCAAAAUCCUCGCCAAUUAGUCCAAACCGCUCUGUUUGUCAGCCUCUCCCGCGCUCAAUCCGCCCGAUCUCACGUCUGGAAGCUCACCAAGUUCGAGGGAUUGAGGCCGAGGGAGCACGCCGCGCUGAAGGACUGUCUCGAGGAGGUCUCCGACACCGUGGAUCGGCUCAGCAAAUCGGUGGAGGAACUGAAGCGCGUCCAUGGAGCGCACGAGAAGGACUUCCUCUGGCACAUUAGCAACGUGGAGACGUGGGUGAGCGCCGCCAUGACCGACGAGAACACCUGCUCCGAUGGAUUCUCCGGGAAGGCCAUGAAUGGGAGAAUCAAGUCCUCGGUUAGGGCUCGCAUUGUGGAUGUUUCUCGAGUCAUAAGCAAUGCGUUGGCUCUGAUUAGCAAAUACGCUGAAAAUCAAGGUUGAGAUUGAAUUGAGCUUCGGUUGUUCGGGUCACAAUCGGAAGAAAUCUCCAUGGAAUUGGAAUUUGAUGUAUAUUAAGAGAGUGAGUGUUUUUUGAUGUGGCAAAUGCAAACGUAAUCGUAGUAAAGUAAUCAUGGUGCUUUGCUUUCUCUGCUUUUUAGGUAUUUUCUUUUUCUCUGCAACUGUAAUGGCCCCUUCCUUCUUUUGGUUUACUCUAAAAAAAGUUUUACCCAAUUCCUCUGUUUUUACUUUUCUUAGGGAUUGUUUGGCCAAAUUCCCAUGCGAGGAUGAAGAUAAAAAAAAUCUUUAUAGGAUUAGUGAUGGAAAGUAAAUUCCUUAUCUUAUCAUGAAA